AUGCCUUCGUACGGCUUCGCCACGUCCGGGUGGCUUGCGCCGCCCAUCCAGUUCGCGUCCUUCAAGUCUCUCCUCGUCAUCCCCAUCAUCCUCUCCGUCGGCACCUUUGUCGCCCUCUUUGCCCAUUCCGACGUCGACAUCGCCUUGCUGUGGUCGCAAUGCCACUCCCGCGCCCGCAUCCCCGGCCUCAGCCACAUGCCGCUCAUCGGCACGCCGAGCUGCUUCCUCGUCAGCUUCUUCCAGGUCGCGCUCGACUCGCUGCGGUCCAAGGCCGUCAUGGCCGUGAUUCUGUCCUACGUUGGCGCGCUGGCGACGGUGUGCACCGUGGAGUCGGCCAGGCGCUGCAACAGGCCUAAUUCGCUGAUUGCGAAGCCCACGAUGUGGUGGCUGCUGUUCAACUUGCUCGGAGGCGCCAUGGUCUGGCAGCUGGUGAUUGUGCCGGCGUUUCUGCACCGGGCCAAGGCGCUGGUGCUCGCAGAGAAGCAGAGCCAGGGAGCCGGUCAUGAGGAUUCGACUGUGGCUGCGGCUGAAGUUGAAGAUAUCAGCGAGGAGGGCCGUACGCUGCCAGACUCGGAGGCCGUGGCCAUCCCCAUUGCCGUUGCUGCUGGCUAUUUCUUGCCCUCGAUCCUCAUGCUGGUCUUCAACUCUCCGGCUACCAUUACCGUCUGGCUCUUCUUCCCCCUCUAUGUCUCCGUCAUCCGCCAGGGCGUGCGUCACCUUGUCGAGACUAUCCGCCGUGUCAGCCCGACCAGCAUCCACCACGAGUCUCACUGGCAGUGUGUGGCUCUUGUCUACGCGUUGCCCAUUGUGCUGUCCAUCGCUGCGCACGCCUUUGUCAUCUGGAACCUUGCUCAGGGCGACGACCGCAAGAAGAUGACCAAGUUGACGGUAAGCUUCAUCGAAAUCGACUUUCAGUUCAUUGCCUGGACCGUCCUGUAUUGGGUCUUUGUCGAGGCGGGGUGGAGGGUGCCGCUGAGCAUGAUUGCGAUCUCCGUCAUUGCUGGGCCUGGUACGGGAACUGUUUUGGGGUGGCUGUAUCGUGAAAGACUGGUCAAGAAUGGCUUUACUAGCCGGUCUGUUGUCGAGAACGAGGAUCCUGCGGAGGAGAGACCGUUGUUGGGAUGA